CGCGGGGUCAUUUCCGACUGAGCUCAUCAAAUAUCGAAGGACAGACAGAUCGACAUCCAAACUCAAUUCAAAUCUCACAACAACCCUCGAGGACACCUCUGCCAAAAUGUUGAUCAAAGAGAGCUACGCGGAUGUGCAGACCAAGGUGGAUGGAAAGGAGACGACGAUGCGCAUCUUCCUCUUCCACCCUACCAUUCCACAGUAUCCCGAUGCGCGAUUCCCGGGUGUUGCCGUCUUCUCGGAGAUCUACCAAGUGACGGGACCGGUUGCCCGGUUCGCACGACAGAUUGCCGGCCAAGGAUACAUAGUAGCUGCCCCUUCGUCCUACCAUGACUUCACCGGCCCAGAGCCCUUGGCCUACGACGUUGAAGGAACCGAUAAGGGCAAUGCCUGGAAAAUCGAAAAGACGCUGGCAUCUUACGACGAAGAUUCGUACAAGACGGUUGACUACCUGUUGAGCUUGCCUACCUGCACCGGAAGGAUUGGGACAACCGGAAUGUGCCUAGGAGGUCACUUGGCACUUCGCGCUGCGCUUGACCCUCGUGUGAGCGCCUCAGUCAACUACUUCGCAACCGACGUCCACAGCCGAACCCUCGGCCCCUAUGAAGCCGCCAACACCUCCGAGGACGCACCACCAAACAGCGACCAUACGCUGGAUAGGCUGAGCGAGGUCAAGGGAGAAGUCGCCAUGAUCUUCGGCAUCAAGGAUACUCACGUCCCGGAUAAAGGUAGGGACUUGAUUCGCAAGAAGCUCCGGAAUGCGGGCGUCGUGUUUAGCUUUUACGAGUUUGCGUGGGCUCAGCAUGCGUUUAUUCGGGAUGAACUUAGUAAGGGGCGGUAUGAUCCGGCUAUUACGAAGGUUUGUUUUGAGGUGUUGUUGGAGUUGUUUGGGAGGGCGCUUAAGACGGAUUUGGGGGUGAAGGAUGGGCGGCCGGAGGAGGUGGAGCAUGUUUGUUGAAAGGAACGAGGGAUAUGGUGUAGCAUGAAUGGGCUGGCUACCAAGUCUAAUCUUUUCAUGGUUGAAGAGUAGAGCCGUAGUGUAGUCUUACUAUGGUCGAAGCAUAGAGGCAUAGUCUCAUCGCUCUGCGGACGUCUCGAUCAUAGUACAAAGCGUGCUCGGCUACUACUUCAGAGAUUGUGAAAAAUCAACUAAAUCAUCUGUAUACCAAAUUGAUCACAUCAGGGCCUGUGACCAAAAGCUACCAACUUCGAUCAUAACAGGCUAGGGACUUUUAUAGCGGC